CCUUUCCUCAUGCUUGUGACCAUCAUCCUGCUCGCAAGUUCAGCAGCCCUCUGCACGGCAAAGCACGCCGUCUGCUCGCAUGCGCCCUUCAAAGUGGCUGGCGAAGAGCACUCAACGAAGAAGAGGGCCGCGCCCGUCACCUACUCGCGCUUCUGCUCUGCCACCAACACUACGCGGAUAGAUGAGGGAGCCAGGGUCGUAUUUCAGUGCCAGGGUGGCGAUGCAGGGCAGCCGACCGUACAGGUGGCAGACUGGGGCGCACUCGGUCCCAACAUGUUACAGAUCAGUAAGUAAGAUCGACAUCAAUCGUGUAUCACGGCCGCCCGCCAUAUCCGCUUCCUUGCCUGCCGCUGACGUCGCUGCUCCGACGUUGCGCGGCAGACUCUCCCUGCGGCCCCUUUGGCUACGGCCGCCUCGCACGCGGACAAUGCAGAGGAGACCAGUGGGCAAUCUGUCUACUGAACUCUGAGCAGCCAAGCGGUAUGGCUGGUGGUACCUGCCUCUACCUGA